AUGGACUUUAAAGACGGCAAAAAGCUGCUUUGGCGUGAAAUCUGUGCAGAAAUCGUUCCGAGGAAACCUUGGUUCCAUUUCGGACGAAAUGGAUAUACUGCGAAGGCAAAACUGUUACUAAAUCACGUUUCUGGUUAUGCAGAGCCAGGACAAGUGACUUUCAUCAUGGGCGCAAGCACAUUGGUUGAGUGGGGUGACAUGAAAAAACUCAGUGCCUACGUUCAACAAGAAGAUCUUUUCAUCUCUCAAGCAACCGUGGAAGAACAGCUCAUGUUUACGGCUCGCUCCGGUGCGAUGAUAAAGAGGACUGAACAAGGAACGCAAAGCAGUUGUUUCAGAAGUCAUCGAAGCUAUGGGUUUGACUGCAUGUCGAAGAACUCAGAUAGGAAGCUCUUUUGUGAAGAGCCUAAUCUAGAGGAGAACGGAAGACGACUUGGCAUUCGCUACGGA